GCUCUCCUCCACCCGUUUAAAUAACCCAAUCCUUCUUUUAACUCCCCCCUCCCUCCCUCUCCGCCCUCUCCACUCUCUCGCCUCGCUUCCUCGACCAUGGCUUCCGCUGCACUCGCCGCGGCCGUCUCCCUCCCUUCCUCCACGCCGUCCCUUUCUCCCGCCGCCAUCAGCUUUUCAAAGAGUCCGCAGCAGAUAUGGUUGUCCUCGAGAGGCGUGCAUUCGCAUAAAGCUGGCAACUUGGUCACCGUCAGGGCUCAGGUCACCACAGAGGCCCCGGCCAAAGUUGCCAAGGUAUCGAAGAAGGAUGACGAGGGCGUCGUCGUCAAUAAGUACAAACCCAAGGAUCCCUACGUCGGGCUGUGCCUCAUCAACACUAAGAUCACGGGCGAUGAUGCACCCGGAGAGACCAACCACAUAGUCUUCAGCACUGAGGGGGAGGUUCCCUAUAGAGAGGGCCAAUCGAUAGGAGUGAUCGCUGAUGGAGUCGACAAGAAUGGGAAACCCCACAAGUUGAGAUUGUACUCCAUUGCCAGUAGUGCUAUUGGGGAUUUUGGAGAUUCCAAGACUGUUUCUCUCUGUGUAAAGCGACUUGUUUAUACAAAUGAUCAAGGAGAGAUAGUGAAAGGAGUAUGCUCCAACUUUUUGUGUGACCUCAAGCCUGGCGCUCCAGUGAAGAUUACAGGACCAGUCGGGAAAGAAAUGCUUAUGCCCAAAGACCAAAAUGCAACAAUCAUAAUGCUUGCAACAGGAACUGGUAUUGCUCCUUUCAGGGCAUUUUUGUGGAAAAUGUUCUUUGAGAAGCAUGAAGACUACAAGUUCAAUGGCCUUGCAUGGCUCUUCUUGGGAGUUCCUACAGGUAGCUCACUGCUGUACAAAGAGGAAUUUGAGAAGAUGAAAGAGUUGGCACCAGAUAAUUUCAGGGUCGAUUUCGCCGUCAGCAGAGAACAAACCAACGAGAAGGGGGAAAAGAUGUACAUUCAGACUCGCAUGGCACAGUACGCAAAGGAGCUGUGGGAACUUCUCAAGAAGGAUAACACCUACGUAUACAUGUGUGGGUUGAAGGGAAUGGAGAAGGGAAUCGAUGACAUAAUGGUCUCCUUGGCUGCCGAAGACGGCAUCGACUGGUUGACUUACAAAAAGGAAUUGAAGAAGGCAGAGCAGUGGAAUGUGGAGGUCUAUUGAUGCAUCUUUAUGCAACAGGACGGUUGAUGUAUCUUUGUACAUUAGAUAGCUAUUUCAAUUCCUUGUGUUAUAAAGAAGAAACACUUGAAUCUCUGACAUCCUUUUCGUCGAUCAACUCCACCAUUACUCUGGCUGUAACCUUUGAUGAGAGAAAUAUAGUUUUUUUUUUGUCA